AUGACAGUGCCACCAAAGUCGGAGGACCUUUACCGAUACCUCUGCCAAUCUCCAGUUCUUCAUCGCCUGGAAGACCCCUUUACUACGAAAGACUGCUGCGAUCUCCCCGGCCUCGCCGACUCGUCAAUUACUAUGGGUUUUAAAGUAUUCUUUUUAAUAGUUGAUGUUUUCCUGUCAGUUCUGAACACACAAGAUGAUCUACAGGCUAUACUGGAUCACUUUUUUAGUAAUGUCUGCGAGUUAGAUUUGGUUUUUAACUUUCACAAGGUAUAUCUAAUCUUAGAUGAAUUCGUUCUCGGUUGGGAGCUCCAAGAAACAAGUAAGAAGGCUAUCAUAGAGAGUUUGAAUGAAUUGGAGAAGUUGGAGUAA